UCUCCUGGGCGUCGUAGCGUGCAAUUCGCAAGGGCAGAUGCCGUCCUGGAACCACCGCCGAAGACCACACAUGUACGGCAGGACUCCCUGGAUGCUGAUGGGCGAUCUCGUAGUGAAAGGCUCGUGUCUAAACUCAAGUCUUUAGCAGUUGCAGGACCACAACAGACACCUAGAGCGCCUGGAUCUUACGAGACGCCCCUGCCGUCAGCAAGUACCUCUCCGGUCAUGAAUCGAUCUCACCGCAUACCAACCGUUACCCACGAAGAAGGCAGCGAUGCUGAUGUGGAGGAAAGCGACGACGACGAUCUCGCGAGGGACCAAGCCAAGCCCUCUCGAAGAAAGCGCAUGAAGCGUCGCUUGAAGACUCUAGACAUGCGAUCUUCUCAGACCACACCCAAAAUUGACGGCGACGGCUUGGAUUCGCCUUCAGAAGGUCGCUUCCGCACCAUGAUUCGCCGCUCCACCAUGCCAGACGCUUCCGAACAGCGAGGAGGGCUAUCUGAGGGUGAGGGUCGCGAUCACAUGGCUCGUAUGCGGCGCGGGAGCUCAUGGCUGGGAAGAUCGCAAGAGGAAGGCGACAGCUCUCAAGCGCAGAUACCAGGCCAUAAACGCCGGGUCUCUGACAUGUUUGGAGGCGGAGUAUCUGAUGGAGAGGGUUUGGCUAAUCCCCGACGACCACUCUUCGGCUCGGAUCGGGCUACCACUUUCGGUGCGCAGACAUGGAAAAAAUUCCAAAGUACGAUCAGGGCACUUGGCGGUGGCCGGAAAGCUGAUGCGACGUUCGACUUCAAUAAAUCUGCUGAGCUCAUGGCCGAACUGAGGGCUGUCACACCAGCAGUCGUCAUACUUGCCAGUAUGCUGCAAAGAGACGAACACGGAUAUAAGCGCAUUCCAGUUCUUCUUGAGCAACUCAAGAUCAGAAUCAUCGACAGCCAGGCGGACAAAGGCGAAAAGGAAAAGGGCCACAGCGAGAGGCACUCGCUCUUCACUUUCCAGUUAGAGUAUGGGAGCGGACCGAGCCAAAUGAAAUGGACCAUUGAACGUUCUGUAUACGAGAUUCUUGAACUCCAUACACGCUACAGAAUCUCCUUAGGGGACAAAAACCCGUUGCAAACCUCGUCUCACCCAAAGCACAAGCCCAAGCAGCCUCAUUUUCCUAGAUCGGCUUUUCCUUACUUGAGAAGCAUCAGGGGGCUGGGCAUGAUAGAGUCGGACGAGGAAGAGAAAGCAGCAGGGAGCAGACUAAAUGUGAAUCGGAUUGACGAAGUCGCUGAGGGCACGGCAGGCGAGUUGACGGCCGCAGAAGGGACAGCGAGCGAGUUGGACCGGCCGGGAACAGCUCGGAGGAAGAGAUCCCGAAUGGACCUCCUUGGUAUUAGGAGACAGUCGUCCGGACUUGUCGAACUUGAGGGCUCCAACUUGAAUCCCCGUAAAGCGGAACAACAAAGGCAGUUGUUCGUGAAGAAACAGCGGCAGAAACUCGAGAAAUACAUGUCAGAGAUGAUACAUUGGUUGAUGUUUCGAGCCGACGCCAACCGUCUAUGUCGAUUCCUUGAGCUCUCCGCCUUGGGCGUGCGUCUCGCUGCAGAUGGUUCCUAUCACGGCAAAGAGUGUUUCCUGCACAUACAGUCAUCUAAAGGUGUAGAUUUUAGGCGUGCAUUCACGCCUUCUAAGAUCGCUGCCCGACAUUCCCGCAAAUGGUUUCUGGUCCGAGAGAGCUAUAUCGUUGUGGCAGAGUCUCCAUCGGCCAUGGAGGUGUACGAUGUUUAUCUUGUAGACCCAAGCUUCCGUGUUGUCAACAAGACCAACAAGCUUAAGCAACUCGGGAACAAAGCUCUGGUGGCCAAUGACGACAUGAUGGAUGGCACCGCGUCGUCUGGUAAGCAUCAUACGCUGAAAAUUUACACGGCUGAACGAAAAAUCAAGCUCUACUCUCGUAAAGAGAGGAUUAUGCAACAAUUCGAUCUUUCUGUUCAGAACAUGUUAAAGCAGACCCAGUGGGCCGACCCACAUCGCUUCGCCAGUUUCGCUCCCGUCAGAAACAAUGUGUUUGCACAGUUUUUGGUGGAUGGGCGUGAUUAUAUGUGGAUGGUGUCUCGUGCCAUUAGUAUGGCUCAGGAUGUCAUCUACAUCCAUGAUUGGUGGUUGAGUCCUGAGCUGUAUAUGCGACGGCCCGCGGUGAUAAGCGAGAAGUGGCGCUUGGACCGGCUUCUGCAAAGGAAGGCUCGUGAGGGUGUUAAAGUCUUUGUUAUUGUAUAUCGGAACGUCGAGCAGGCUAUUCCCAUCGACUCCGAGCACACGAAGUUCGCCUUACACAGCUUACACCCCAACAUUCUGGUUCAAAGAUCACCCAAUCAGUUCAAGAAGAACCAAUUCUUCUAUGCCCACCACGAGAAGAUAUGCAUUGUCGACCACGAUAUAGCUUUCCUCGGUGGUAUCGAUCUUUGCUUCGGUCGUUGGGAUACCCCUCAGCACAGUCUGACCGACGACCGGCCCACAGGCUAUGAGCAGAACGAAGACACUCCAAAAGACGCUGAUCAUUGCCAACUCUGGCCUGGCAAAGAUUAUUCCAACCCGCGUGUGCUUGAUUUCUUUAGGCUCACGCAACCAUAUGAGGAGAUGUAUGAUAGGAGCAAGGUGCCACGAAUGCCAUGGCAUGAUGUCUCUAUGCAGGUAGUGGGCCAACCCGCACGAGAUCUCACACGCCAUUUCGUUCAAAGAUGGAAUUACUUGCGAAGAGAACGAAACCCGACCCGGCCUAUGCCGUUUUUAUUACCUCCACCAGACGCUAAGGUUGAUGAUCUCAAGCACUUGGGUCUCACAGGAACCUGUGAGGUUCAGAUCUUGAGAUCUGCCGGUGAUUGGUCUUUAGGACUCCCUCGAGAUUCGCCCGAGCAUAGCAUUCUCACAGCAUACAUCAGUCUUAUUAAACAGUCGGACCAUUUUGUGUAUAUGGAAAACCAGUUCUUCAUCACGAGCUGUGAAACGCUAGGCACGAAAGUCGUGAACGGCAUCGGCGACGCACUUGUGGAGCGCAUUAUCAGAGCUCAUGAGAACGACGAAGACUGGCGCUGCUGCGUCAUGAUUCCGUUGAUGCCAGGCUUCCAAAACACUGUCAAGCAGGACAACGGCAGCAGCGUUCGAUUGAUCAUGCAAUUCCAAUAUCGCAGCAUCUGCAGAGGAGAAACCUCCAUAUUUGGUCGCUUGAAGGCUCGUGGCAUCGACCCCGAGGAAUACAUUUCUUUUUUCAGUCUGAGACAAUGGGGCACCAUGAAGAACGGGCACAUUGUGACCGAGCAGCUUUACAUUCAUGCCAAGACAAUGAUUGUGGAUGAUCGUGCUGUCAUAAUCGGAUCAGCAAACAUCAACGAGCGUUCAAUGUUGGGAAGUCGAGACUCUGAGGUCGCUGCCCUUGUCCGCGAUACCAAGGACGAGUGGAUUACAAUGGCCGGCGUGCCGUACCGAGCUGGCGCCUUUGCUCAUGCGUUGCGCCUGCGGCUGAUGCGGGAACAUCUUGGUCUAGAUGUGGAUGCAAUUACUGAGCAGGAGCGCAAUGCAGAGUCUCUUGGAACGGAUGCAGAGUAUGAGGCAGAGAUGAGCCAAAUUUACCAAGAGUCCGACAGUAAUGCCCCAAACGCAUCCACGUCAGGGCUGCCGCCUGCGCCUUUCCAAAAUAGCUACAUCCAUGAGACCGACACCCCAUCAUCAUCUGAGUCCCCUAAGGGGAAGUCUCCUGAACGACGUGCCAGGGCCACCAGCGACGUGUCGAGAAGUCUUUCAAACCGCGAGAGAUCUGGCUCAUCUACUCAAGAUAGACCAAAGAGGAGCAAUGAAAAGCUACCGCCGCCUCCAGACAUGAUACGUCGGACCACUGCUGAGCUUGGACUUACCCGUCACACUCAACUACCAACACUACCGGUAACUGACGAUACGGACAUCGGAGGCCCCCCAGUUCAUCACGAUGCUGGCGGAAACCCGACCUAUGAGCAGCUUAACCCACUGGCGUCCGACAUUCAGCCUGCUGUGUUUGACCAAGACAUCAUGCGUGACCCACUCAAUCCAGCAUUCUGGGAUGAUGUAUGGUGCAGAAUUGCGGAGAACAACACAAAGAUUUACCGUCGUGUCUUCCGUUGUAUGCCAGAUAAUGAAGUACCUACCUGGAAGGAAUAUGAGCAAUAUGAAAGCUACGCAGAGCGCUUCAAUGAGAUGCAGACAGGUCAAAAGAAGGCUGAUGAAGAGAACGAUGCCAAGACCAAGACCAGCCAAUCUGGUGGUGGUGCAGGUGCUGGUAUGCCAGCACCUCCAACUCCCCAAGAUGCCCUCAACGUUCCAGAGAAGAUGGCAGAGAAGGCGAUAGACAAGAUCACACCUGACAAAAACCCAGAGAUCAAGGUAUCCAAUGGCGACACUGAAUACAAUGAGAAGACACCUAUGUCGGAGUUCAGCAAUCACGAAAAGUCUGAAAAACCAAAUCUUAGUCUCGAUACAGAUCAUGAGAGGACUAAUGACCAGGCUGAUGCGCCAUCUCCGCUUACACCGUUCCCUGCCUUCGAACCCUCAACGCAGGGCCACCUCGAGCCACAAACCGCCAACAACAACCUGCAGGCACAGAAGACGCGUGAUCGCAGGACAACGUUUUCGUCUCUCGAGAAGCCGACUUCGUCUCAGGGCGGCGGCUCAAGCAUCUACACUGCACCCGGCAAUAACGGGCAGCAGCAGGGGUCAGUGCGUCGCCGUCGCCGUGCCACUACUAAGAGCAGCAAGCGUGGCCCCGUCUUUCCCUACGACAUAGUGAGUCGCGAGAUGGCCGAAGACCUCUGCAACAUGAUUCAGGGCCACGUUGUGCAAUUCCCGUAUCAUUGGCUUGAGGUUGAGGAGGAAGGAAACCACUGGCUCUUCCAACCGGAUAUGAUGGCUCCAAAGGAGAUUUAG